CGGGUGCUGUUGUAAUUUCACGUCACAUGAAGUUUGAUCAGCGGUCCGAUUGGAUGAUCCGCAGCUCUGACCUGAAUUGAGAAGCUCUUGCGCUUGUUUGCUCGUACGCGGUGUUUGUCCUGUAGCCUGAAUGCACCUCUCCGGCAUCGCGUGAGGGAGUCGGUGCACAUCUGGCGGUUUUUGUUGUCGCCCUCUCGCCCGGACUGGAUGUUGCGCGUGAGCUGAAGAAUUCUAGAGGUCGGAGACAAAAUGCGGCGCCGAGCGCACGCGAGCGUCCUGCUCCUGCCGUGGCUGGUGCUGCAAACCCAGGCAGGCUUUCCAAACCAAAUCAAUAUCGGUGGUCUCUUUAUGCGCUCCACGGUCCAGGAACACAGCGCGUUCCGCUUCGCCGUUCAGCUAUACAACACCAAUCAGAACAUCACCGAGAAACCCUUUCAUCUGAAUUAUAACGUGGACAAUCUGGAGUCAUCCAAUAGCUUUUCAGUCACGCACGCGUUCUGUUCUCAGUUCUCCAGGGGUGUAUAUGCAAUAUUUGGAUUCUACGACAGGAGGUCAAUGAACACAUUAACGUCAUUCUGCGGUGCUCUGCACACCUCCUUCAUCACUCCAUCUUUUCCCACGGACACAGAUGUGCAGUUUGUCCUGCAGAUGAGGCCAAGCCUCCGGGGGGCACUGCUCAGUUUGCUAGCCCAUUACAAAUGGGAGAAAUUUGUCUACCUUUAUGAUACUGAUAGAGGGUUUUCCAUCCUACAGGCCAUCAUGGAAUCUGCAGUGAUGAAUAAUUGGCAGGUGACAGCACGUUCGGUGGGGAACAUAGUGGAUCCACUGGAAUACCGGCGCAUUAUUGAAGAAAUGGAUCGUCGGCAGGAGAAACGUUUCCUUAUCGACUGUGAGGUGGAACGUAUUAACAGUAUUCUAGAGCAGGUCGUGAUCUCAGGAAAGAACAGUCGAGGAUAUCAUUACAUCCUGGCUAAUCUUGGAUUCUCUAACAUGAGUUUGGAUAAGGUGUUUUCUGGCGGAGCAAAUAUUACCGGAUUCCAAAUCAUAAAUCCUGAUAGCCCGAUCGUGCAGCAGUUCCUUCAGCGCUGGGAGCGGCUCGAUGAGAGAGAGUUCCCUGAGUCUAGAAACACCCCCCUGAAGUACACCUCUGCACUGACACAUGAUGCCAUCCUGGUGAUAGCUGAAGCAUUUCGGUAUUUGAGACUUCAGCGUGUUGAUAUUUCUCGUCGAGGGAGUGCAGGCGAUUGCCUUGCCAACCCAGCUGUACCGUGGAGCCAGGGAAUCGACAUUGAGAGAGCUCUCAAAAUGGUUCAGGUUCAGGGUAUGACGGGAAAUAUUCAGUUCGACUCAUUUGGACGGCGAUUAAAUUACACCAUUGAUGUUUAUGAAAUGAAACCAGGAGGAGCCAGAAAGAUUGGCUACUGGAAUGAAUAUGAGAAAUUUGUUUAUAUAGUGGAGCAGCAGGUUACCAACGAAUCCUCCUCUGUGGAAAACAGAACCAUUGUGGUCACUACUAUUAUGGAAGCUCCAUAUGUAAUGUACAAGAGGAAUUAUAUGCAGAUGGAAGGGAAUGAUCGCUAUGAGGGCUACUGUGUAGACUUGGCAUCAGAAAUCGCAAAGCACGUGGGCAUAAGGUACAAACUGUCCAUUGUAGCUGAUGGGAAAUAUGGAGCACGCGACCCUGAGACCAAGACCUGGAACGGCAUGGUGGGGGAGUUGGUAUAUGGGAGGGCAGAUAUAGCUGUGGCUCCUCUCACUAUAACCCUUGUCCGGGAGGAGGCGAUAGAUUUCUCCAAGCCCUUCAUGAGUCUGGGCAUUUCCAUCAUGAUAAAGAAACCACAGAAGUCCAAACCAGGAGUCUUCUCCUUCCUGGAUCCGCUGGCCUAUGAAAUCUGGAUGUGUAUCGUGUUUGCAUAUAUCGGUGUGAGCGUGGUUCUCUUCCUGGUGAGUCGUUUCAGUCCAUAUGAAUGGCACCUGGAUGAGAAUGAAGAGGCGAAGGAUCAACAGACGCCACCCGACCCGCCCAACGACUUCGGCAUCUUUAACAGUCUCUGGUUCUCUCUUGGAGCUUUCAUGCAGCAAGGAUGCGAUAUCUCGCCAAGGUCUCUGUCUGGCCGUAUUGUUGGAGGUGUGUGGUGGUUCUUCACUCUGAUCAUCAUUUCAUCCUACACUGCCAAUCUGGCUGCUUUCCUGACUGUGGAAAGGAUGGUGUCACCUAUAGAGAGUGCAGAAGACCUGGCCAAGCAGACUGAGAUCGCCUACGGAACACUCGACUCCGGUUCCACCAAAGAGUUCUUCAGGCGUUCAAAGAUCGCUGUCUACGAGAAGAUGUGGUCUUACAUGAAGUCCGCCGAGCCGUCCGUGUUCGUUAAGACAACCCCUGACGGAGUGGCUCGUGUGCGCAAGUCGAAGGGGAAGUUUGCGUUCCUACUCGAGUCCACAAUGAAUGAAUACAUCGAGCAGAGAAAGCCGUGUGACACUAUGAAGGUGGGAGGGAACCUGGACUCCAAGGGCUACGGUGUGGCCACGCCCAAAGGGUCGGCAUUAAGAAGCGCUGUAAACCUGGCGGUGUUAAAGCUGAAUGAGCAGGGCCUGCUGGACAAGCUGAAAAAUAAAUGGUGGUACGACAAGGGAGAGUGCGGCAGCGGGGGAGGGGACUCGAAGGAUAAGACCAGCGCGCUGAGUCUCAGUAACGUGGCCGGCGUGUUCUAUAUCCUGGUGGGGGGUCUGGGUCUGGCCAUGACUGUGGCUCUGGUGGAGUUCUGCUAUAAAUCGCACCAGGAGACCAAACACCUCAAACUUGCCAAAAAUUCCCAGAACUUCAAACCAGCUCCUCCGUCCACCACACAGAGUUUCACCACAUACAGAGAGGGCUAUAACGUCUACGGAACAGAGAGCGUCAAAAUAUAAUGAUUGGAAGCCUGUCCCUUGCUGAUCAUGUGGUAUGUGGCAUGGGAUAGACUCUCCGUCUCUUUGAGUCGACUGCGAUUCCCUUUAGAAAGUGGA